CUUGGGAGGAGCUUCGGGAUUUUCCCCCCUUGUUAUACGCCACUCUCGAGAGAAGACUCGUUUGCAAAAGGAGAUAUAGGGGGAAAGGUGGAGGCACAGCCGUUAUCUGGCAUCUUCCGAUAAAAUGAGCCCACCAGACACCUCCAACAGCACAAGCGAAGAGGAGGCUGGUGAAACUGAUCCCUGGAUUCUACUUAACGACAGCAUGGGUUUAUACCCACCGGGUUUCCACACUGACAUCACCAAGCACCUUGGAGUCCAAAUCACACUGAUCACAGCUUAUUCCCUAAUCAUUCUACUGGGGCUGCUGGGGAAUGCUCUUGUCAUCUACAUGAUUAUUCGCUACAGAAACAUGAGAACAGUGACCAACUUCUUCAUAGCCAACCUGGCCCUGGCAGACCUCCUGGUAAACGCUCUCUGUUUGCCCUUCACUCUGGUUUACACUCUGCUGGAUGAGUGGAAGUUUGGGUCUGUGUUGUGCCACAUGGUGCCUUUCGCCCAGGCCCUGAGUGUGCAUGUAUCCAUCCUGACCCUGACUGUCAUCGCUCUGGAGCGUUACCGCUGCAUCGUCUUCCACCUUGGUCGGCGCCUCACAUGGCACUCCAGCUUCCUCAUCAUGGCAUUCACCUGGACUAUGUCUGCUGUCCUGGCAGCACCCCUGGCCAUCUUCAGAGAGUACCGCCAUGAAGAGAUCCCUUCCAUCAACCUGCGUAUGGCUGUCUGCUCUGAGAAGUGGCCCCACGGGACUAGCAGGGACGGAGUCAUCUACAGCCUCUCAAUGCUGCUCCUACAGUACAUAAUUCCUUUAGCCAUCAUCAGCUAUGCUUACAUCUGCAUCUGGGUCAAACUGAAGAAUCAUAUCAGCCCGUCCAGCCGUAAUGAUAGCAUCAACCGCCGCAAAAAGACCACCAAGAUGUUGGCGCUGGUGGUGGUGGUGUUUGCUACCUGCUGGCUGCCGUUCCAUGUGUUUCAGCUGGCCAGUGAUCUGGACCUGGUGCUCAGGUUUAAGGAGUACAAACUGAUAUAUACAGUGUUUCACAUCAUAGCUAUGUGUUCAACUUUUACCAACCCUCUCCUGUAUGGGUGGAUGAAUAAAAACUACAGGAAUGGCUUCCUCAUGGUCUUCCGUUGUGAGGAUAAGCCAGAUUCCUUCCACCCUGAGGGCUCGUUCAGGACACGCUCCAUAAGAGGGCUGACUCUGAAUGGCCGUAAUGGCGGACACCCUCCGACUGCUGUAUGAGAGUAACACAGUAUAAAAAGCCUGAACACACCUCUGGUUUGUGGUGCUUGUGGUUCAAAAGUAGCCUUUUGACUUGAAUGCUCUGAGCUUGAGUAUCUAUGUCACUGAAGAGAGCUUGAAGCUUUGCAUGCUUAUUGCUUUAUGUAAAGCUCUGCUUUCCUUUGUGAAUGAUACUAGUGAAAAUACGUUUGUCAAACCUAUUCAAAUAUGUGUUUAAGAUGUUUACUAGGGUGUUAAUGAACUCGUUACAAUGUAUAAUGUGUUUCCUGUAAAUGCAGAACUUUUGUUGGUAAGUAAUGUCCAAUUAAUUGUGCCCUACAUCGCCUAUCUGAAGCUAUUUAUGUGUUCAUACUAACUGGAGGGAAGAUGGUGAUUAUUGUGACUGUGAAGGAAGAUGAAUUUUUCACACUUGUUUUGAGAUUUGCUCGCUGUUGGGAUGAUUUUCACUUAAUUAGUCCAAAUGCUGUGUUUUGGAUUAAUUCCAAUAUUCUCGCAGAAUAACAUUCAAUUUUCGUCCAAGGAGUCCAGAGGAGGAGAUUUUCUGUCCAACC